AAGGUUUUUUGUCUCCUAUGAUAGCUAUCUAGCUAGGCUGGGGAAGUUGGAAGCAAGCGAGGGCCAGGCUAACGCAAAGAAGAGCCCACGUCCACUUUAUUCCCUGCACCCGUAUCUUGACGACAAGGGGGCUAGAGGCUGCUAGAAUAGGGAAGAUAUCUUUCCUCUCUCUCAACAGCAGCCUUGCAAGGACUGAUCAAGUCGAGUCAAAUCCAUAGCACGGCCAUUAUUUUAAAAAAGAUGGCCACCCUUGCCAACAUUGUAGGGGACAAUUCCUACCAAAUCGAAGCAGAAGAAGCGGAGAAGAAACUGCGGGAAAAAGAGCCACUGGUCCUUCAUGAAUCCGAACGCAUUCUGUUGGCAUACAAGUCCGCCUUGGAUCCAAGAGACAAAUCCUAUCUGACAUCGCAUCGGAUCCUUAUCAAAGAUGGGAAAGGGAUUGGACACAAGCGCAAGAAUUUUGAAUCCAUUCCGUACUCGGCCAUUCAAGCAUUUUCUGUAGAAACGGCGGGAGGAGGAUGGGACCACGAUACCGAACUACACAUUUACACGCGCUCCAAUAAUGCUGUCAAGGUGGAGUUUGGAAAGAAAGUCGUUGAUAUCUUUGCCGUCAAACAGUUCUUGAAUCGCAAAUGUCUUUCAUCCAACAACAAUACCACCCAAGGAACGCAAGAUGCCAUUAUUUCCACACUUCCCCCGGAUAGUGCCAGUUCUGUAGCCGAAUGGCUCAGCAGCGAUGCCAAGCAAAUCACCCCUGCGGAUAUGCAAGACAAACUCAAGAACAAGUAUCCAGUGUUGAUGCCAGACGAAACUGUCGAAUUGGCCUACAAAACAUGGCGUGACUAUACCGUUCUGACUUCCAGACGCGUGUUGGUCAUUGAUGUGAAAGGUUUGUCCGGCAAGAAGGUGGAAUUCCUCUCGGUUCCAUGGGAAAACGUCCGUGGCUAUGCCGUAGAGACGGCUGGAUCCUGGGAUUUUGAUUCCGAAAUGCGGAUCUUUACCGACAUUCACGGAAUCAUGGAGAUUAAGCAAGACUUUAGAAAGAGCAAGGUCAAUCUAUGGUCCAUUCAGACGUGUCUCAACAAUCAUGUGUUGGGCAGAGACGAAAGUAUCCUUGGAGAGGUUGAUCAGAAAGAGGGUCACAUUGACCCCUCUGCCAGUUGGUGGGAGCGUAGCAACAAUCGACCCCUGGAUGCCGUCGAAAUGGAUCGAGUGUUCAAGAGUUCUCCUCCCAUUCUUCAGUCCUCGGAAGUGGUCGAAAUGGCAUUCAAGGGUUGGCGAGACAUCUUCCUCUUCACGACAAAGCGAUGCCUCAAAAUUGACCCCAAAGGGUGGUCUGGGAAAAAGGUCGAAUACAGCACUCUUCCAUGGAAAUUCGUGGUUGGAUUUGCCGCGGAAACAGCUGGCAAGACGCUCGACCAUGACUCGGAAAUUAAACUUUGGACGGAAAUGAAGUUCAAAGGUUCGGGUGAUGAUAAAGAAUCAUACAUGUCGAAGUGGGACUUGGAUUUUAACAAAAAGUUGGUUGACAUUAUUGCCGUCAAGCAGUACAUCUCCAAACGAUGCCUGCAUGCCCGUGAUGCUCUUCAGGAUCUGGUGCCUCUCCAUCCCAACGUCAGCAACACGUCCGACACAGAGAAGGGGUUUGAAAAGUUCAUGUCCAAGAUCGGUGAUGAUCAAAGGGCGAUAGACCCUACAGAACUGAAUGCAAUUCUUCACACAGAAGUACCCGUCCUGUUGGACGACGAGAACAUUGUCCUAGCGUUCAAGGCGGGUCGUGAUGCCACAUUUUUCACGAAUCUUCGCGUCAUGAUUAUGGAUGUGCAAGGCUGGAGUGGUAAAAAGGUGGAAUACAAGAGCAUCCCCUACAAAAGCAUCCGCGCAUUCUCCGCAGAGUCUGCCGGUAGCUGGGACCGAGAUUCCGAGAUCAAGCUGUACACCCGCAAUCUCUGGAGUUUGAAAAAGAUUAGUUUGGACUUUCGAAAGGGCAAAGCCGACAUUGUCAUGCUGCAAAAAUUCUUGUCCGCAAUGUUGUUGGGGACAAAAGAAGACGUGGCCCGGUACUUUGAUAACUCUGGGUCAUUUGGGUCCUCGGAACCAAAAUCUCCGGAUAUGAACAGCUUUACAUCAUGGCUCACCAGCAACUCGGUAGAGAUUGAUGCCGAAGUUGUGAAUCACCAGCUCCACAGUGACCCUUCCAUUCUGUUGAAUGAUGAGCACGUGGAAAGAGCUUAUAAGUGUGGCAGAGAUAUGUACGUGUACACAAAUCUUCGUCUCCUCAGCGUCAAUGUCCAAGGUCUCAGUGGAAAGAAGGUCGAGUAUAAGUCAACUCCGAUGAAAUGGGUCCACAGUUUUGAGGUGGAGACAGCAGGCCACCUGGAUAGGGAUGCAGAAGUUUACAUUCAGACGAGCAUCCCUGGAAUGCAGCGCAUUCAACAAGAUAUUCUGGUCAAGAAUGGUGAUGUCAUGGAGAUGCAUGUGCCACCAAACUAGGGCCGAUUCCUUAGACUCCAACACCAUGGCAACACAGUGAACACAGUAUUCAAGAUCACGCCCCAUUUCCUUUAAUGUGUUCCCUUCCUGAUGGGUCUUGAUGCUGGUUUUGCCCUAGAGGCAGAUGUUGAAGCCUGCCAAGAGCUGUCCCGGUAGGUACAGUACUCAGAAUGAACACAGGGUUUUGAAAUAGCUGCCAGUUUAGAAAUGUAUCUGUCUUGAAUACGGUAUAUGUAGACUGGAGCCACACCAGCCACCAUGGCUCCACUGAUGUUGUGGUCCUUGGCCAAGCUGGCCCCUCGCCGGCCCAUGUAUAUUUGAUUCUCUUUCAUGGUCGGAGGUGCGUAGAUAAUUUCCCUACUACGGUAGUACUUCCGUAGAUAAUUUCCCUACUCUAAACCCCCAUAGUACAGUC